AAAAGUUGAAGGUAAUGAUAGAGUUUAUAACGCAUUGAAAGGUAAUUAUUAUUCAGGCACCCAUCAUGGCAUCAUACAUAUAUAUAUCCCAUCAUUCCAAAUAAGAACCCAAACCAUGAUGAUGAUAGGUAUGGCUAUUAUUCCAUAUUCCAAUUAGAAAUAGAAAUCUAGUAUUAGCAUCAUCAAUCUUCCAUGGCAAUUUUUUCUAAGCUCUUCCACAAGCUUUGUUACAAAAUCAUAAUCCUAUUGGCAUUCCUUCUGACUGAAAUAAUCAUCCUCAUCAGGAAGCUAAAAUCAUCAUCAUAUACAGGUCCAAUCACAACAAAGAAGUACCUCAGAUUCAUCGAAGAGAAGAACCCAACAAUUUGCUACAGCAAGAAGAGUAGUAAGUUAUUGAAGCUGAAACCGCCACGGCACGUGGAGUGCACGCUAUGCUUGUCGGAGUUCAUGGAAGGGGAGAAGCUGAGGAGUCUGAAAUGCCAACACACGUUUCACAGGGAUUGCUUAGACACAUGGCUCAAAGACUACUGCGCCACGUGUCCUUUGUGCAGGUUAAAAGUGGUGUCCGAUGAUGUUGUUUCCCAGCACCGUGAGCUUAGAAAGCAAGCUGAUUCUAACGGUAACGGUGAACAGCUAACGUAUUUUUUAGCCGUGUUACGUGGCGGUAACACUUUGCAAAGUUAGCUGCCAUUCCGUUGUUUCCAUCCUAGUUACAUGGAGCGCAAUAUGUUUCGACAUGUUAUCUAAUUGGUAGCCAUUACCAUGUAAUGGAACUUAACAUUAACCAUUGUACUUUGAAAUUAUGUUGCUAAUGUUAAGUUUCAAAUUAAGUUGGGCAUAUGUGAUCAUUGUUUCAUUAUGGUGAAUUAGAUCAUUAUUCUUGAGCGGUUCUCAAUUACAAUUGUAGAGAAUGAAAUUCUUUGGAAUAUAUAUUUCCCUUGUGCUGGGAAGAAUGUCUAUGUACUCUGUUCUUUAAUGUAAAGAAAUAUAUUAGAAUCCUGUUAAUAAUUACCUUAGCUUUUAUUAA